UACAUUGAGCUCCAUAGAGACAGCGCCGGGGCAAGUGAGAGCCAGACGGGCACUGGGCGACUCUGUGCCUCGCUAAGGAAAAAUAACUAAACAUGGGCAAAGGAGAUCCUAAGAAGCUGAGAGGCAAAAUGUCAUCAUGUGCAUUUUUUGUGCAAACUUGUCGGGAGGAGCAUAAGAAACAGCACCCAGAUUCUUCAGUCAACUUCUCAGAGUUUUCUAAGAAGUGCUCAGAGAGGUGGAAGACCAUGUCUGCUAAAGAGAAAGGAAAAGUUGAAGAUAUGGCAAAGGCGGAUAAGGCCCGUUAUGAGAGAGAAAUGAAAACCUAUAUUCCUCCUAAAGGGGAGACAAAAAAGAAGUUCAAGGAUCCCAAUGCACCCAAGAGGCCUCCUUUGGCCUUUUUCCUCUUCUGCUCUGAGUAUCGCCCAAAAAUCAAAGGAGAAUAUCCUGGCCUGUCCAUUGGUGAUGUUGCGAAGAAACUGGGAGAGAUGUGGAAUAACACUGCUGCAGAUGACAAGCAGCCUUAUGAAAAGAAGGCUGCGAAGCUGAAGGAAAAAUACGAAAAGGAUAUUGCUGCAUAUCGAGCUAAAGGAAAGCCUGAUGCAGCCAAAAAGGGAGUUGUCAAGGCUGAAAAAAGCAAGAAAAAGAAGGAGGAGGAGGAAGAUGAGGAAGAUGAAGAGGACGAGGAGGAAGAGGAAGAUGAUGAUGAUGAAUAAGUUGGUUCUAGCGCAGUUUUGUUUCUUGUCUAUAAAGCAUUUAACACCCCUGUACACAACUCACUCCUUUUAAAGAAAAAAAUUGAAAUGUAAGGCUGUGUAAGAUUUGUUUUUAAACUGUACAGUGUCUUUUUUUGUAUAGUUAACACACUACCGAAUGUGUCUUUAGAUAACCCUGUCCUGGUGGUAUUUUCAAUAGCCACUAACUUUGCCUGGUACAGUAUGGGGGUUGUAAAUUGGCAUGGAAAUUUAAAGCAGGUUCUUGUUGGUGCACAGCACAAAUUAGUUAUAUAUGGGGAUGGUAGUUUUUUCAUCUUCAGUUGUCUCUGAUACAGCUUAUACGAAAUAAUUGUUGUUCUGUUAACUGAAUACCACUCUGUAAUUGC